UGUUUCAAGUAUGAAUGGCAGCAUACGGGACAUGUCAUAACCCCAAUCACUGAAACCAAGUUGCAUCACGUGCUCAUAACACAUACAUCACGUGCUCAUAACACAUACAUCACGUGCUCACUAAUUAUAAAAUUUGCCACACGACUGCAAAAGGGCGGAGCUGCAGCCUACUCUAGGUAUUUGGGCGUUGUGAGUAAAUAUGUUACAAUGGUGGUUUCACACGUAUCUGGCCAUCGGAACGGCAUCCAUCCUCCAUCCUCACAAGGACGUGAGCCAUCUUCCAUUGGAUCCUCAUCACGUUUUGGCCAAGCGAAGCUUCGAUCAGCAACUUCGUUUCAGCGUGUUCUACGACAACACCGUGGAAGGGUUGGAUUCAACUGAGAGAGCUCUUGUGAAGGACAAGUUGGUGACUGAUGCUGUGAAGUAUUGGAGCCAAGUGCUGAAGGUGAAGCAAACGACGUCGACCAUUCUGCUGAACAGAGAUUGUGCAGAAGGACGGUUUUAUAUCAGAAAUGGUGAACCUCGUCAUUGUGAGAGAUCUAGAUUGAGACCUUCUGGCUGUUCAACAACAACUACCUGUGGGACAGUGACCGUCCCAUCCAGUCACUUGCAGGCUUGCUACAGUUGUACCACUGACCUCGUUACGAAAAAACUGAACUGUGAAAAAGAAGCUUCAUCGACAGCAGGGGUGGGUGUUGGAGGAGCUGAUUAUGUCUUAUACGUGUCAAGUGCACAGACAAGUCAAUGUGGUAGCAACAGUGCUGUUGCAUCUGAUAACACGAAUAUAGCGUAUGCCGGACACUGCCAACAAGAACAAGCAUUAGACAGACCAGUUGCUGGAUAUAUGAAUCUAUGCCCCAACUUGCUCUCAGCAAAAUCAGAAGAUUACGUCCUUCAACUUGCUGUUGUCAAGCAUGAAAUGCUACAUGCAUUGGGAUUUAGUUCGCAACUGUAUGCUUUCUAUCGUGACAAAAGUGGCCAGCCCCGCACUGAAAGAGAUGACAACAAUUUGCCUGGACUUGGAUUGAUAUCAAGGUAUGAAAAAGUUUUGUUUUGUUUGAUUGAUAUCAAGAAGUGUAGUGGCAUUUAUCAGUGGAAUGACUCUACUAUAAAGUCGAUCACACGGCCACAGUGGAGAGUCACCAAUGGUGUGGUGUCUCAUGUAGUCAAAAUGAUCGUCACACCUACAGUACAGCAAGCAGUACGCGAUCACUUCAGUUGCCAAUCACUGGAAGGUGCAGAAAUAGAAAAUCAAGGCGGCACUGCAACCAGAUUAAGUCACUGGGAGAAACGAGUAUUCGAGAACGAGGCCAUGACUGGAACGUUUACUCAAAACCCGGUCUUUUCUAACGUAACGUUUGCUCUACUUGAGGACACGGGGUGGUAUGAACCAGAUUACAGCCUUGCUCAGAAUUUGGAUUGGGGCAAAGGGUUAGGAUGCAAAUUUGUUCAAGACAGCUGUGGAGGCUGGAUGGAUGACAAGAGAGCAGCUGGCAAGGCGGUCUCUCCAUUCUGUCAGAUUUUGAAGGUGAAGAAUCCUCUCAGCUUGAGAUGUACUACCCAUCGAUUGGCUGUUGCUCUGUGCAACUUGGUUGAGUACUCCGAUCAACUGGAAAGAGAUUAUCAGUAUUUCAGCUCUAUUCCUGGUGAAUCCAUUGAUGCGGCGUCUGCCUCCAUGUAUGGCGGUUUUGUGGCUCUUGCUGACUACUGUCCAUUUGACCAAGAAUUUACGUGGACUAGCCAAGGCGUUCCGAUUCGUGGGUCUCAGUGCAGAUUUACAGCCAACAGUCCUGAUGCAAACAACAAUCUGGCGCUUGAAGAGUAUGGGUCGAGUUCUAUAUGUAUUGAUCAAGGAGGUAGCUGGUGGAAGACAAGUGCAACUGCCUUCAAUGAAGCUGUAAAUUGGGGUAGUGGAUGUUACAAGGUCAGUUGCAAUAGUAGUUCUGAUGAAUAUAUGAGCAUCUACGUCAAUGGCCACAGAUACCCUUGCCAUCGAGAAAGAGAGGAGGUAAGAGUGAGUGAGGUGGUCGAUGGUUUUGAAUACACCGGGUCACUGAUAUGUCCUGAGAGACACAACACAUGUUGGGGGAUAGCAGAGCUCACUCCGGGUGAUACAAGCAGUGGUGGAAAUGGUAAUGGGAAGGGGACUGGAGAUGACAACAAAUCUGGUGGAACAUCAAUGCUCGGCGCUGGAAGACUGUGGCUGUCACUGAUUGUGCCAGUUGUGCUCCAUUUCAUCUACAACUGAUUGCAUGGUUAGUAUAACUUAAUUACAACUGAGAGUGCUGGUACCGGUGGUGUGCACGCCUGAUAGUCUUUAUUCAUGGAAUUUUCAAUUACUAAGUCACAAUUGUUUAGCAUUUAUUAGCAACGUAUAUUAAGUGUUGCUGUAUGUUGUAUUUUUAAAUCAAUGAAUGGUUAUUGGUGCAGGCCUAGGAAGCCUCUACCGAAAGAGAGGGCACGUGAUUUUUCAAACACGUAUUAAGAUUUUCUC